GGAAAUCAAAUUUUUACAGUCCGAUGUACCUCAAUUGGCAUUAGUAUGUGUGUAUAUUAAAUGUGGUUUUAGUGCAUGUUAAAAAAAAAAGGGAGGAAAAAACCGAUCUCCAAAGGAUUUCAAUUUUUUACUUACAGCCAAGUAGUGAUUAACUGUUUUAUGACAUCAAAUAUUAAAAUGUCCUUGAUUUGAAACAACUUGUUUCAUAAUUUAAAUGCUUGCGGCAGUAUUUAGAUAUAAUUACAGCUUCACUCUCCAUGUCAUGGCCACUGACCCCCCUAUGGCAACGAAGUCUAGACCUGCAAGCUCACCAUCUUCUCCGAAACCCACAUCGAGAAAGACCUCGUGGCCUUUCUUUACUGUUAUUUUAACAAUUCUAUCUCCUGUCUUGGUAGCUACACUCGUUUGCCAACGUGCCUCGUUCGAACCAGCUAACUUGCCGAUCCACGAGCUGACUCGGCCACCAUUGAAGGCUUUGAAGAAGAAUGAUCACAUGCUUCAAGGAUCAGAGCUUGUGGGCUUCAAGCAGUUGAUUGGACCAGAAGAUAUUGCAUAUGAUAGCAAUUCUGGUGUUAUUUACACUACCUGUGCUGAUGGGUGGGUUAAACGAGUCACGAUUAAUGACUUAGUUGCUGACACUAUCGUGGAGAGCUGGGUUAACACUGGAGUUAGGCCUCUCGUUCUCGCCCUUGGACACGAUAAUGAAGUUAUUGUAGGCGAUGCUUACAAGGUUGGUAACGUUAAUUAA